GGUGACAAAGACGACGAAAGAACAAGAAGAGGAGGAGAAAGCCGAGGCGGCCGAUUGGUCCUUUUUAAGCAGUUGAGAUUUGCCGGCGUGGUUCUAACUUACUUACAUUGGUGCCCCCCACUUCUUUCUACGUUCCUGUGUAGUCUUCCCGCUUCUGCGCAGCUCGACCCGACCAAAGCCACCCAGCCUGCCCCCUCUGUGUCUGUUUACCCCUCGUGAGCAGCAUGUCUGAUUUCGGCGGUUUGCCGACGAACGGAGUCGGUGCUGGGAUGAAAAACGACGCUUUUGCCGAUGCAGUACAACGAGCCAGACAGAUUGCAGCUAAAAUAGGUGGAGAUGGUGUCCCUGCAGCAAGUAACAACGGAGGCGCUGAGGCUUAUCCAUUCAAGGCACAAAAACGUUCUUUGGAAGAAGCAGAUGAACCUGACGCCAAGAAGGUAGCACCUCAGAGUGAAAGAGAUUCUGCUUUGUCUAUUGGUCCUAAGCUGGCUGCUUUGUCCCAACAAAGUGUCAGACCCUCUACAAUGUCGGAAGAUUACAAAGUCCCUGAUGCCAUGGUGGGUCUCGUCAUUGGCCGAGGGGGUGAACAGAUUAACAAAAUACAACAGGAUUCUGGCUGUAAAGUCCAAAUUGCUCAUGACACUGUAGGACUUCCAGAAAGAAGCAUCUCUCUGACUGGAUCACCAGAUGCCAUAGAGAGAGCCAAAGCACUGAUAGAGGACAUAGUGUCCAGGGGGCACGAGACGACCAAUGGGCAGACGGGUUCCAUGCAGGAGAUGAUCAUCCCUGCAGGAAAGGCUGGCCUCAUUAUAGGCAAAGGAGGAGAGACCAUUAGACAGCUACAGGAACGAGCUGGAGUUAAAAUGAUCCUUAUUCAAGAUGGUUCCCAGCCACCAAAUGUUGAUAAACCCCUCCGCAUCAUUGGAGACCCCUACAAAGUGCAGCAAGCAAAAGAUAUGGUCAACGAGAUUCUACGAGAAAGGGAUCAUGCUGGCUUCGGAGAAAGGAGUGAAUAUGGAUCAAGGAUGGGAGGUGGUGGCGGAGGAGGAGGAGGCGGCGGUGGAGGAGGAGGCGGCGGCGGCAUUGAUAUUGCUGUGCCCCGCCACUCAGUGGGAGUUGUGAUUGGCCGUAGUGGAGAGAUGAUUAAGAAAAUCCAGGCUGAUACUGGAGUGAAGAUACAGUUUAAACCAGAUGAUGGUACAGGUCCUGAUAAAAUAGCCCAUAUUAUGGGUCCACCAGACCAAUGUCAACAUGCUGCUUCAGUCAUUACUGAACUGCUACAGAGCAUCCGUGACAGGGAAGAAGGUGGACAGGGGGGCCCGCCAGGUGCUGGAUCAGGGAUGCCGCCUGGAGGACGAGGCCGGGGUCGAGGGCAGGGCAACUGGGGUGGUCCUCCGGGAGGAGGGAUGACCUUCUCCAUUCCUGCUCACAAAUGUGGGCUGGUCAUUGGCAGAGGAGGAGAGAAUGUCAAGUCCAUCAACCAACAAACUGGGGCAUUUGUGGAAAUAUCCAAUCAGCCACCACCCAACGGUGACCCUAACUUCAAAUUGUUCACCAUCCGAGGGUCCCCUCAGCAGAUUGACCAUGCGAAACAGCUCAUAGAAGAAAAGAUAGAGGCUCCAUUGUGUCCAGUGGGUGGUGGUGGUGGUGGUGGUCCUGGUCCAGGGGGUCCAGGAGGUCCUGGGGGUCCAGGUGGUCCAGGAGGUCCUGGGGGUCCAGGUGGUCCAAUGGGUCCCUAUAACCCCAACCCAUAUAAUGCCGGGCCUCCUGGUGGUGCACCUCAUGGAGCUGCACCUAGUGGUCCCCAGUAUUAUCAGAAUUGGGGAAAUAACUACCAGCAGUGGCAAGCCCCGGGUCCCCAUGACCCCAAUAAGGCAGCAGCAGACCCCAAUGCAGCAUGGGCAGCAUACUAUGCACAAUAUUAUGCGCAAUACAAUAACGGCCAGCAGCCAGGGGGUGCUAUGCCAGCCCAGGCUCCCGGAGCUGGUCCAGCAGCAGCAGCACCAGGAGACCAGAGCCAAGCAGCACAGGCCCAAGGAGGCCAGCCAGACUACACUAAGGCCUGGGAGGAGUACUAUAAGAAGAUGGGCAUGACUCAACCAGCUGCGGGUGCAGCAGGUGCAGCAGCUGCUCCAGCAGCAGCAGCAGCAGCAGCAGCAGCAGCAACCGGAGGAGGUGGAGGAGCUGCAGGUGGAGGUCAGCAGGACUACAGUGCCGCCUGGGCUGAGUACUACAGACAGCAGGCGGCCUAUUAUGGACAGCCAGACCAGUCGCCUGGACAGGCACCUGGUCAGCAGCCAGGACAGCAGGCCCAGUAAACGAGUGGUUUGCUCUUUUGGACCGCUGCAUCGAUUCUCUGGACUUGUGUUUUUUGUCAAGAAAAUUUCUUUUUUGGAGUCAAAAAGACAUGACCAUGAUCCACCCACAUAUUUUCUAUUUCAAACCUCCUUGUUUGUUUUUUAAAAUCAAAUUUGAAGAAAGGAAAAAGGGAACACAUUUUGCCCAUGCACUGAUCAUAGCACUACAUGGGAUUAUUCGGUUUGCCCCUUCACCUCGCCCACACCCUGUAAUAACAUAAUAAAAUCAAAUCACAACUUUUUAAUAUGAAACGAUAAGCUUUCUGCCUGUAAGUUAGCACAACAGCAUCUCAACACAGACUCGCAUUUUACUGGUUUUCCCCUUCUAUUUUCUGAGGGUAAAAACUUAAGCAGUAUUUUGAAUAUAUUGUAAGAAAAACUGUAAAUUUCUGAUCCUUUUUCUUUCUUUUUUUUUAAUUCUUGAUACUUUUUUUUUCACAUUCCCAGUGUUUAAGUUGCAGUGUACUUCUUCCUGCCACCACAGUCUCUUAUUUUAAUUAUAUUCAUUGUAACUAUUUUCCUCACGGGGUUGUGUGUCUGUAUACAGUGUAUGCUACUGAACAGAAAAUGUGUGCAAGUUGGCUGUAAUAAGCACUAACUGUCCUAUGUAUGAUGUAUGUAGGGAAAUUGUUUGUGCAUGUAUGCGUUUGUAUGGUUGACUACCCUCCGUUUAAUUUCCUUCAACAUUAUUCUUGGAAGAUUUUUUUUUUCGAGCUGGUUUUGUUAUUGUAUUUUUUUUUUUAGUGUUAUUUUUUACAACUUGUUUUUAAAUACUUACAAUAAAAACAUUAAAAUGA